AUUACAAAUUUGAAAAAAAAAAAGGUUUCAUUAGGACCUUAUUUCUCAAAUUUUGGGAUUCUCUGAUAAUUGCUUCAUGUUGCAGGUAUUUAAGGGUUAAUUGCGGCACAAACACACGGACGUCAAUGUGUAUUUUUUUUGAACUCUUGUCGAGAAUUGUAAAUUGUGGACACGUUGUUAAAAUCGAGCUCCAAUCAACGUUAAAGUUAACGGGCAUGUUUUAUUUCCAUCCCACAUCACAGACGCACAUUAUCCAAAUUGUGGGGUGCAAAUAACCACUUUAGUUCAACUCUGAAAUUGUUAAAUUAACUCUUUUUAUCAUUUAAUCUGAAAUUGAAAGAGUAAUUGAAUUAGUUUACGUUGAGUAGGAAUAGCAUUCAAAAGUCGUUCAGCAAAUGUCUGUUUUGAAACAAAUUGUUGCACUUUAAGUUCUUUUUUUGUUUUGCUUAGCAGCAAUGGUGGCUGCAUACGUGGCCUAUAAAAUAGCUCAUAAAACGAGGUAAGAAAAUCCUGUGUCGUUUGCAGCAACGCUUGAACAUGAAGCAGCGACAAAUGCAUUUUUUUUCCCUCUGACGUCACCGUUUCAUUCAUAUUUGCUUUUAAUCUGAACAUCUAGCAGAUUUGAUUCAUAUAUUCUUAUUUCGCAAAGUAUGCUUGUUAUUGGGGACCGGGUGCGUAUUUAAUGAGCAGAGGGGAUUGAUUUAUACUUUAUUGUUCGAGCUGUAUGAUCACGUGUGUCUGCUUGUCCAAUGGCACGGCGACGUGGCUCCCACAUUACAACCCACUGUAGUUGUGUGAGGGGCCAAGUUGCUACUUGAUUUCUGCACAUUGUUAUUUUGUGAGGCUCGACUGCUUGUGUAUGUGUGUGUGCGUGCUUGUUGUUGUUGUUAUUGUUGUCGUCGCUGCUGCUGUUGUUGUGUGGCCGGCUGGCGGACUGCGUGCAUGCGAACGUGUAGUUGGCCGCCAUGUCGACAUCCGGAGCGGUGACUAGUUACUACGUCGAUUCCCUCAUUCUCCCCGAGAGCGAGGAGCUCUCCAUGCCGAGAUACCCCCCCGGUCCCGGGUACCCGCACGGUCGCCAGCACCCCACUUCCAUCAGCGAGCACGGCGAGCUCGGAACUUGCACCUUCCCGUCCAAAGCGCCCGUCUUCGGCCCAUCGUGGAGCCACGUCCCGGCGCAGUUCCCGGGCGCCGUCUCGUCGGUUUACCACCACCCGUACGGGCACCCGCAGGGGUCGGUCGGAGCCGAGUCGGAUCCCCGCUACCAGUCGUGGCUCCUGGAGCCCGUGUCGGGAUUACAAGCGUCCCACCAUUACGGAAUCAAACCCGAGGCCGGUGGUUCUCACGCGGCGUUGCUGCUCUCCGACUACGGCUCUGUACCUUCGGCCGGGGAGAAGGAGGCGCUGGCCGGCCGAGGAGCUGACCUGAACGGGGAGGCUGAAGACAAGCCUGGCCUGGAUCCGAAUAACCCCGUGUCCAACUGGCUCCACGCAAGCGCCACGAGAAAAAAGCGCUGUCCCUAUACCAAACACCAGAUCCUGGAACUGGAGAAAGAAUUCCUGUUUAACACCUACCUGACCAGGGACCGCAGGUACGAGGUGGCGAGGCUCUUGAACCUCACCGAAAGACAAGUUAAAAUCUGGUUCCAGAACCGCCGGAUGAAGAUGAAGAAGUUUAACAAAGAUGGCGCGUCUAAAGAUGAGUGAGUGAUGAGGCAUAAGCACAUUGAGGCCAAUGGCGAAAUUUUCCACGGGAGAAACUCCUCUAGGUUCCGAAUAUAGCAGAACCUAUUGAGUUAAUUGUAUAGAAAAGCAUGUUAGGAUCUCGUUUGAAGCGACUACCUUUUUAUUUUUUUUUUUAAUAUUGCACAAUUUUAACAGUGCCCUUUUUAUGUUAGUUGUACUUUUUCCAAUUGUGUUUUUUUUAUGAUUAUGAAUUAGUACCUCGUUAAAGUGAAUUGUUUGGCAUAUUCUCUGUGCUCGUUUGUGUUUGGAUGUUUCCAACUAUUGUUGUCUAUUUCAGUCACCUGAGCUAGUUUGUAAAAUGUGUUGAAUUUUGUUGUUUCAAUUAUUGCUAGAAAUAUGAGUUUAGUAUGACAAUUAUAGUUGAAAAAAAUAAAAAAUAAAAAAAACAAUAUAGGUGCUACAUCUCAAACCUCCUGAAAGUAUUAGAAUAGUUCUGUUACACGACUGACUACCUAUAUGUGUUAUCAACUACCUACAAUAACCUAUUUUUCCUCUCAUGGCAAAUUAUUGUCGAAUUUAUGAAUUGAUUAGUACAGAUUUUAAUCAUUGUUUAGUGAGGGGGAAUUAAAUAACGCACUGUAGGUGAAAAUUGAUUACCUCUCGGUCCGCCGGCCGUCUCAAUCUCGGUUCUCAAAUGUAAUUUGUACUUUAUUUAUUAAAAUAAAACAAAUUAUAUCUGCACAAA